AUGGUACCACAUAUCCUCACUCUUGCGAGAGAGAUUCGUUUGCCAAUUGCGUUCCAGCCGAAGUCGCUCUUGAUUCUAGUGGAUACAAAACGGCCCGUCGGAUAUUACAAGAAUUGCGCCGAUUUUAGGACCGCGAUGCACCUGAAAGGGGAUUUGGACGAAGUGAAGAACGAUGCAUGCAUGUACGUGAUGGAGCGCGUGUGGCCGGUGCCGCCACCGCUCAUGGAUAUCGUCCGGGAAGCUUUUUUCCCCGAGGCCUUCAAAGACAACGAGCAGAGUUUCGUCUCACGAUUGUACCUCGGGAAGCAGUGCGCGAAGACCAGGCGUUUCUUCAACCCCCUGAAUUUUCCUCUCGAUGUGAAGAGGUUGGCCGCUCUGAACGUACCCGUAUCGACCGCUAAAAUUGCUCAUGACAUGGGCGCGAUGCUCGCCAGAAUUCACUUCAGUGCACGGAAUGACGGGCGGGACAUCGAGUUCGUUCAAGGCGGGGACGCGUUCAAUCCGCUGGCGGUGCCCGCCUUCUAUUGCUUCGACUUCAACCAAGUACGACCAUAG